UACAGAAUCGCAUGUGUUGUUGGCUCUUCUUACUCAUUCUCUUCAUCGAAGUAAUUAGCCAUGAUUAACUUCAAAGCUCAAUUGAUCCGGUUGAAUAUUAAAACUGGGAUGGUUACUGAUGACCCAAUAGCUAAAAUUGAAAAGCUCUGUUUUGUAGGAGUAAGCUGAAAAAGUCUCUACAUUUUUGUUUCCGUCAACUCUAUAAAGUCUAAACAUUUGAAGUUUAUUCGUGUACUCUCACACGACGAAAACGUCCAUUUCAAUCUAAUGGAAGUCAACGACGGCCAAGGAAAGGUGGAGAUGGGUUCAGGACUCUGUCCUGACUGGUCUGAGAUGACUCGGGAAUGCCUUCUCGACAUCUUCUCACGGCUGAGCCAUGAACAGAGAUGGAUCGGACCGAUGCUGGUCAGCAAGAGCUGGAUGAACGCAUGCUUUGAUCCAUCACUCAACACCAUCUUUGAUCUCGAAACUCGGUUUUUAUCGUUCCCGGAGUCGAUCAACUGGUGGACUCCAGAGUUUGAGGAUAAAGUCGAUUCUUUUUUACGAUCUGUUGUUGAUCGGAGCCAAGGUGGACUCACAGAGAUUCGUGUCAGGCACUGUACUGAUCGCUCUCUUUCUUACGCCGCUCAGAGGUGCCCUAAACUCGAGGUACUUUGUAUCAAGAGCUGCCCAAAUGUUACAGAUGAAUCGAUGGAGAAGAUAGCCGUAAACUGUUUAAAUCUUAAAGAACUUGAUAUGAGCUACUCUUACGGUAUAACUCACGAGUCUUUCAUCAUGUUGGGGAGCAACUGCCAAAAUCUGAAGAUUCUCAAACGGAAUUUGUUGCCCCGGUUAGGUCCUGAUCUGCCUACACUUGUCGCGCCACUAGACUAUCUGGCUACGUUUCCUAGAUACGGCAAUAUAGAGGCUAAAAUAAUUGGGAGAUACAUGCCACAGCUCAAGCAUUUAGAGAUUCAAUACUCCACUUUGACUGCUAGAGGUCUUGACUCGAUUUGUAAGGGAUGUUCGAAUCUAGAGUACCUGGACUUAAGCGGAUGUAUAUCCUUGAACAAAAGGGAUAUAACCACAUGUACCUCGAGCUUGAAGAAUUUGAGGGAGAUCUAUAAGCCGGACUUCAUUCCUUCCUUUGCUAUUUUACGCCUUUCAAGACCGGGUAAUCCAAGAGAAGAAUGAAUGGUGAUGAGUGUUUAUUCAGACGCAUGUUUUGAUCAACUUGUUAACCGGUUUUGAUGCUCUGUUUCCUCUAUGACAUAUUUACUUUGUUCUUAUCUAUCUGUGUGUUUGAAUAGUUAACAUAGUGUGAAACUGAAACCCGUUCUCCUUUAUCGCCUUGUCUCUAAAUUCCCCAUCUUUAAUUUUUUUUUUGUGUUUGUGUAAAAUGUGUAAACAUUAAAAUACCUUUGUAGUACAUUACGGUCGUCUUUGCUUUGAA